GCGCGCCUUCUUCCACCCGGCACCGCCGCGCGCAGCCUCGGCAGGGUCGCUUUACGACCGGAGGAGUCAAAGACUUAAGCGCGGCCGGUCCUGUCCUCGCCAUGAGGCCGCAGCAGGCGCCGGUGUCCGGGAAGGUAUUCAUUCAACGAGACUACAGCAGUGGUACACGCUGCCAGUUCCAGACCAAGUUCCCCGCGGAGCUGGAGAACCGGAUUGAUAGGCAGCAGUUUGAAGAGACAGUUCGAACUCUAAAUAACCUUUAUGCAGAAGCAGAGAAGCUUGGGGGCCAAUCGUAUCUUGAAGGCUGUUUGGCUUGUUUAACAGCAUAUACCAUUUUCUUAUGUAUGGAAACUCAUUAUGAGAAGGUUCUGAAGAAAGUCUCCAAGUAUAUUCAAGAACAGAAUGAGAAGAUAUAUGCUCCCCAAGGUCUCCUCCUGACAGACCCUAUUGAGAGAGGACUUCGAGUUUUUAGAUUGAAAUUACCAUUUAUGAAGACAGAGGCAUGAGCAGUGGAAGAUAAACCAUAAAAUUAAAGAUCCCACAUCCAGCUGGGACCCUCAUCUACCCACUGGCUGAUCACAGAGUGUCCCUACCUCCUCUCCAGAGCAUCAUUCCUUUGUAUCUGCUGCCAGAGCCACGGUGCCAUUUACUCCAAGGACUAACUUUCUAAAAUUCCACACCUGGAGUGACCUCUAGUCGCUCAGCAUCCACUUUGUGUCUUUAAAUUGUGUAGGAUUCUGUAAUCUUUUGAUUUGUUUCUGAGAAAACACAAUGAAGCAUUUCACAUUUUUUUAUUCAAAGUGAUUAUAAAAUAUGCAAUUGGUCAGCCCAAUGCAAAGUUUUAUUUAUUUCUUACUUGCCACCAGUACCAUGAAAUCUAUUCAUUCCUUGGGCCAAUUUUCCAGGUGGCUUUAGACUUCAAGGAGUUUAUAUUAGUGAAUGUUCAGUCUUAUUCCCCCAAAUUAAUAAAUGGCUUUUUUCCAGGUGAGGGAUAGACUGUGUCUGUGGUUAUGCUGAUGCAUUUCCCAGAUUUCAAAGAACUGCCAGUUUUGCCAUGAUUCAAAUCUUGAGAUUGAUUUCUGUUGUUCAGUUUUCAAACCGAAACUCAUUGAAAAAAUACUGUAUAAUGUUAUUUGUUUUACUAUAGCAGUUAUAUCUAAUUAAAGCAGUAUUGAAUGCAAUUUCCAGUUAUUUUAUUUGGAGCCUUUUAUGUUAUUAUUGCAUUACCUUGAAUGUUGGAAAGAUGUGGUAUGUGUUGCUUGUUCAUUACACAAAUAAGUAAGCACAAUAAAGUGGAUGCUAAACCAUCAAACACAUAUGUCCCUGCUGUGUCCCUGAAUGUGUAAUAAGCAAGUAUAGUAAAUAUUUUAAUUAUAGUUUUGUUAUAAAUAUAACUUAUGAGAAAAAAAUUUGAUAGGCAUAAUACUGUAUAUUGCUAAUUUUUACCCUACUGGCAACUUUAUGAUUUAUAGAUUCCUCAUACAGCCUCUUACAGUAUUCAGUGCACAGAAAUCUUAUAAUUGGUUUCAAAUAAGUUAAGUGACUUCCAAGUUAAACUCUUAAGUCUGAAUCAGUACUUCUAGCUCUUCUUUUGUCUGUAUGUUCCUAGUGUUUGGGUUUCUUAUGCUCCUCAUUCUUUUCUGGGUUUGAGAGCACUGUUUUUGGGAGAAAGUUAAGAAAUAUAUUAGGAGAGAACGAAGCAGUUAAAAGAUUUACUUUCAGAGAUAUUGUAGGUGCUAAUACUGGAUUUAACCUUUCAGAUGUAAUUUCUUUUCUGGAUGUGGUAUUAUUCAAUAAAUCCCAUAGGUCUGUGUAAUAUUUUAAUUGUAUAAAACUUUGUUACUUUAUAGCCUCUUAUAGUGUGUCUGCCUUUUAAACCCAUUGCAAUAACUUUGCUGAAAUAUUAACACAUUAGUAAAACUUUUCUUAAACAAA